GCUGCUCUCGGCGGGUUGACACGCGAGCAGCGCCGCAAAAGCCAAAUAAAGAGGCUGCUUCUGCGGAGAUAGGUGUGCUGUUAUAAUAUUUGGAUGGAACGCUGAGAAGAGCGGGGCCAUAAAUUUUGGCCACCCGCUCGCGCCGCUCUUGCUCUCUUCAGUCGCUCGCUCGCAUUUGGCUUUUCACACUGGUGAGCACCAGAAUAGAGCAAAGAUUUUCGCCUUUCCUCUCGUCAGUCUCACUCUGCCUGUAAAUAUAAAUAUAUUUCCGCCUGGAGAGUGCUCCCUACUGGACCAGCGUGGCAGCCGUAAAUCAGCAUGAAAGUGAGCUGCCAUUCUCAACCCUAACUGCAAACGGCGAGGAUGCGUUUGAGAUCACGCCAAAGGUGCCUUAUCACCGAGACGCCAUCGCCGCCGAACGCUGCGCAGCAAUAAAACGACCGAAAGUGCUGAUGCUGCCGGCGCCAUGAGACUCGGACAAAACACUUAAGGCGCUCCGAAACAGCCCAAAUGAAGGAGUACGGCGGGAACUACACGUGGUCCGAGGCGGACGAGCUGUACGGGCCGUCGACGGAGGUGGUGGUGCUUCUGUCCGUGUGCUACGGCGCCAUCUCGGUGCUGUCCGUGGCCGGCAACUCGCUGGUCAUGUGGGCCGUGGUGGGCAGCCGCCGCAUGCAGCGCAGUGCCACCAACUGGCUGCUGGCCAACCUGGCCUUCGCCGACGUCAUCAUCGGCCUCUUCGUCGUGCCCUUCCAGUUCCAGGCGGCGCUGCUGCAACGCUGGGACCUGCCCGAUUUCAUGUGCUCCUUCUGCCCGUUCGUGCAGACCCUGAGCGUCAACGUGUCCAUCUUCACCCUGACCACGAUCGCCGUGCGCAGGUACAGGGCCGUGGCCAAGCCUCUCAAGGUGUCCCGCUGGCAGGCCAGGUUCACCAUCAUCACCAUUUGGGCAGCAGGAAUCGUCCUGGCCAUGCCAAUGAUCAUCACUUUACAGGUCCGCGAGGUGCCCAUUUCGAACUCAAACCCGCAUCUGACCAAGCCGUUCUGCGACUUCGUCGGCGUGCCCUUUGAGGUGCUCAAGUGGUACCGGCGGCUGGUGGUGGGCACGCAGUAUUUCCUGCCGCUGGUCAUCAUAAUCGUCAUGUACGUGCUGCUGGCGCGCCGCCUCUGGGGCGCCCAGCCGCCGGGCAACGCGCAGAACCAGAGGGACGCCACGCUGUUGCGCAACAAGAAACGGGUAAUAAAAAUGCUGGUCGUGGUGGUGGCGCUUUUCGCCCUGUGCUGGCUGCCGCUGCAAACCUACAACGUCCUCCAAGACAUCUUCCCCAAAAUUAACGAGUACCGAUACAUCAACAUCAUUUGGUUCUGCUGUGACUGGCUCGCCAUGAGCAACAGCGUCUGCAACCCGUUUGUCUACGGCAUUUAUAAUGAUAACUUCCGAAGACGUUUCCGUAGUAGAUGCGUUUUAUGCAGUCGGCUGUUGAAUAUGCCGCAGCCAGCACAGAGUUUGGACACGGGACGCGUGCCUUCUUCAGUCCUGUACCACCCGAGCAGACAGAGUGACAAGAGGAGACGCAGUAGCAACCUCUCCGCCUUGGCUGCCACCCAAAUAACCUACCGAACUAAUGACGUCAGGGACAAUCGACUGUCCGUGUGAAUUGUGCGAGUUCAAAACAUCGAAAUCCACUGAUUGUAUGAUACGAAAUUUUAUUCAAUCCUCUUUGUGUCAUUAAGCGAACAUUGAAAUCAAGACUCACGAUUUGUAUGUGUGGCUCUUCUGGUUCUGGCGUUGAGGGAAGUUGAAUCGCUUUUUCUGCAAACAGAAUCGGACAAGGGAAUCAGUAUCAUAUUAUUUGUAUUGUAAAUAAAAUUAAAAGUUGUCGGACUAUUAAAUUAAUAA